AUGCAUACUAAGUUCAAUAAAGUCAAAGAUGAGGCAAAAAAAAUCGUCGAGGAUGUAGUCGAGGAUAUAAAGAAUGAAGCUCAGUUACCCGAGGAGCCAAAGAUGACAGGCGAGGAGACAGUCGAGGAACAUAAUACUAAGGUUAAAGCGUAUGAAAAGAAUUUAAACGAAUGUAAAAUAUUUUAUCUCUUGAAUAUGAAUAAUGUUAAACAAAUCGUUAAUUGGCUUUCCGAACUACAAAAUACGAUUACCACGUUUUUUAAGAAUUUACGAUCCUGGAUUGCAUCCAAGAUUAAUAAUAUCUACACAAGGUAAAUAGUUACUCUGAAUCUUAUCUUUUAUUUUGUCUUUCCUUUCUCAGAAUUAAGUUCAAUUAUUUUUAUUCUUCAUUUCAUUAGAAUUCUCGAAUUUUUUACUGAGAUUGCAAAGAUGUUUAGUCGAUUGUAUAAAAUUAUCUUUAAAAAAGAUUAGUCGGGUAAAAUGAAUGGUUAAAAUCAUUAUAUCCUAUACUUUGUGAUUACAUUGUUGUCAUAAUAAAGCAUUAUUUAUUUCCGGCAAUAAAACGAUAACAUGAAAGAUUCAUUCUUCCAUAAAUCGAGUUGGA